AUGGAGGUGCAAGAACUGACGACAUGCCAGCAGCCGGAAGAAAUCAUUCAACCGUUCACUAUAUCCUGCGUUGGCGAAACGAUAGUAGUAUGUGCUAAAGACCACACUCUUGUACUGCAGCUUAGGUUUAAGCACGUCGUUGAGGAUGGCAUCAUCAGUUUCGCGACGACUCGUAUCAAAUGCUCCACGGCUCGUCCUACGAGUGCGCUGCUCGUGAACGAAACAGACCUGUAUAAUGCCAGCAAUAUGGAGCAACGCAAACAAAUCAUGCUAGACCAAACCAUAUUUCCCAACAUUGCCAAGGUGCACAUAUACAAUGUACAAUCAUGGGUAUCUCCUAGCGGGAUAUUCGAAAGUAAUCCAAACGAGUAUCUCAUCGCUAACCUUACUAAUAUGGGCCAGUUGACGAUAUACCGACAGGAUGGGCAAUGGAUUUCGAAUUGGAAUACCUACGUGGACAUUUCUGACACUUGGCAGAACUACAUUUACAACAAACACAGUAUAGAAUCCUUCGAGGAGCUCCAAACCAUGGUGGAUGAAAUGAUCAUAACGUGUUUUGCCUGGGAAUGUGAUAUCUACCAACAUCCCGUACGCUUCGCGUUCGGUACAAAAUCGGGGAAAAUUGUUCUUUGUACCCUAAUGUCCAGCGGGCCCCAAAUAGAGCAUGUUCACCAGGAAGAGGAAACUUCUCGCGUGAUCAAGUACUUGUCCAUUGAUGAGAAAAAUCAUUUCCUAUUGGUCGGUCUUGACUGCGGUCGCGUGGCGCUAUACCGGUUUGGAGCAGAGAACAUUGCACAGAAUGCACAAUACGUUGCCACGUUUUAUGAUCCAGAUCUAGCCAUUUCGACAAUAGAGUGCGAAAUUGAUCGUAACAACCAGUCGCUACUGAUUCUGGUGGUCAAGGCAACGUACUUGCUAGUCCUGGAGGUUCAAUUUGACGGAACCGAACUCGGUAGUGGCACAGUGGAUUUGGAAAACUUCAUGAUCACCGGACUGCAGCAUCUAGAACCGCGCAAGUAUAUCGCUACAAUGGCGACGGGUACAAUUUUCCAUAUUUUCAUUCACCAACCUUCGGGAACCAGAAUUCAGAUAAACGAACAGGAAGUUAAAAGCGACCUGAACGUCGGAUCAUACGCCCUUUACGGAGUGGCGGCAACACGCACACGUGCCUGCUGGGCAUUCCUUGGAUAUCCUUCAAAACGGUUCGAUCACUUGUCUAUCCGUUCGCCCACCUGUUUGUUCUUUGCGCAAUUCAAUGAAUGCGAUCCGCUGGAUAUUCUACAGCGUAACAAAUCAUUCAAAAUGACCGACUACUACGAUGCAGCAGAAGUAAUCCGCUACCGUGGCAACAAAAAUGCCGAUACUCUGAAGCCGCUUGAGGAUGCUGAGUUCAAGCUCAACCUAAAUGAUUUUUCCAUGUACCAGCUGAAGCUCCAGUUGGUGCAAAUCGGAGCUAAAAUUAGCCUUCAAAGCAAGCGCAGUAAAAUAGUGACGGAGAUACUACAUAAUCAACUGCAAUUCAUUUGCAGUCUGAUUGAGGGAAUCAGCGCUUGCAUGGCGAUAUUUUCCCUAUCCGCUGCUUUAUCCAAACACGGAAGACUUGAUCAUCUGCAGCAAAGAGCACUGCAAAAUUUACGAAAUUUUAUACGCACCUUGGCCUUGGGAUCAUUUAGCGGAGAUUAUGAGUGUUUGCACGCGCAGCUGCAACCGAAGAUGAUGGAAACACUAGACAACGUGGACCACAUUGAGACACCUGACAUAGAGUGCGAAAUAUGUUCGUUUUGCGAUGCCCCGAUCGACAAAAAUAAGCUCGAAUGCUCAGAAAAGCAUCCCGUGUUUCGAUGCGUGUUGACCAAGAUACAGGUACCGAUCAAUGGGGAUGAGGUAACGUGCCAGAUGUGUCAGCGUUACUCGCUAAAGCCCGACGUGCUUGCGCUGAUAUUUGAUCACGACACCUCGUUAAUCGAUUUCCGAAAAUGCUGCAUUUGUGAUGUGUCGUUCAUUACAAUAAAAAGUGUUUGA